CGUAGUAGUAACCACAUGGAAACCCACAGCGAUGCGCGCACAUGCUGCACGGUCUUAGUAAAAAAAAUAAAAAAAAUAAUAAUAAUAGUAAUAAUAAAAAAUAAUUAUGAAGGCAAUCCGACAUAUGGUCUGACAGCCCCCGGACCAGGAAUGCCUGGCCAAGUUUACCGCGGAGGGGAGGGGGUCUGAGUGGGUGAGCGAGAGAGAGAGAGAGAGAGAGAGAGAGAGUAGGAGAGAAGGAGAGAGAGAGACGCAAAGGGAAAAAAAAGGAGAGAGAGGAAUAUCAUUUGUGCGUCCCUCUCGUUGUGCUGCAGAGAAAUGCAGCCGACACACGCUUGCAGGUGAGCGGGCAGGUUGCUGAAGGAUCCACAAGGAUUUACCUUUUUUUUGUUGUUGUUGUUGUUGCUGCUUUUACUCUGGAGCUGUGUUGCAUCAUGCCAAAAACUGCUCUCUAAAAAGUGACUUUGCAGGAGGAGAGCGGAGGCGGCUCACCAGCUUCCACAGUGGAGUGUGUGACUCGUGUGGACAUAUCACAGCGGGGGGGAGAAAAAAGAAACAAAUCAAACGUGAGUGACAAGAGAUGAUGUGGACCGCUGGUACUUUCUGCUGGGUUUUUUUGCACGUUGAGUGAUAUUUAUUUGUUGUAAUUCAUAAGAAAAGAGAGAGAGAGAGAGCUAGAGAGAGAAAGGGAAACUUGGUGCUAUCCACUGCAGCAGGUAGGGAUGUAGAAGUCUCACACAUGUGGCUCCUCUCCUCGUGAAAGCAGCAAUUUGUUCCAGAAUCCACACUACGUUUCAAUUAAAAUUUAAAUUUUUUGGGGGGGUAGGUCUUUUUUUUCCAGACGAGAACAAUGAGGACUAUCGGAGCUGUGGACUAUUUGUACUAUUGCAUGCUCAUCCUGCAGUUUGUGCACCAGCCCGCUGCCAAGCAAGUGCUCCGGUAUCGCUUAGCUGAGGAGGGACCCCCGGAUGUGAGGGUGGGCAACGUGGCUGCAGACCUGGGCAUCGUCGCCGGGUCCGGCGAGGUGACUUUCACGCUGGAGUCGGGCUCUGAUUUUUUCAAAAUAGACAACAUCACGGGCGAGCUCACCACCAACGAGAGACGGAUAGACCGUGAAAAAUUACAACAGUGCCAAAUGAUAUUUGAUGAGAACGAGUGUUUUAUAGAUUUUGAGGUUUCAGUGAUUGGUCCAGCUCAGAGCUGGGUCGACCUCUUUGAGGGAAAAGUCAUCAUUCUCGACAUCAAUGACAACACUCCAUCUUUCCCUUCGCCUGUACUGACUCUUUCUGUGGAGGAAAACAGACCCAUUGGAACCCUUUAUCUGCUGCCCACAGCCACUGACAGAGAUUUUGGCAGGAAUGGAAUAGAGAGGUAUGAGCUCAUUCAGGAUAACGUGGAGAACUCAAGGCGCUCCUCCGGGGAUUCGUACCCUGGGAAGAGGAGAUUUGAGGAGGGCGCGAGCAGAAGCAGUGUCUUUGAGCUGCAAGUGGCUGACACCACGGAUGGUGAGAAGCAGCCCCAGCUCAUCAUUAAAGGGGCGCUUGACCGAGAACACAGGGACUCCUAUGAGCUGACAUUGCGCGUGAGGGACGGGGGUGAUCCGCCACGGUCCUCCCAGGCCAUCCUGAGGGUGAUGAUCACAGACGUGAAUGACAACAGCCCCCGGUUUGAGAAGAGCGUGUAUGAGUCCGACCUGCUGGAAAACAGCUCCCCUGGCACCCCCAUCCUGCAGCUCAAAGCGGCCGAUGCGGACGUAGGGGUGAACGGUCAAAUAGAGUACGUGUUCGGGGCGGCCACAGAGUCUGUGAGGAGGCUGCUGAGGUUGGAUGAGAGCACGGGUUGGCUAAGUGUGCUGCACCGCAUCGACCGAGAAGAAGUAAGCCAGUUGAGGUUUACAGUAAUGGCCCGUGACCGAGGCCAGCCUCCAAAAAUGGACAAGGCCACAGUGGUGCUCAAUAUUAAGGAUGAGAACGAUAAUGUGCCUGCCAUCGAGAUACGCAAAAUUGGACGCAUUUUCCUGAAAGACGGAGUAGCCAACGUGGCUGAGGACGUGGUGGUGGACACACCCAUCGCCUUAGUUCAGGUGUCAGAUCGCGACCAAGGCGAGAACGGCAUUGUGACCUGCACAGUGGUGGGCGAUGUUCCCUUCCAGCUCAAGCCAGCCAGCGAGAUGGAGGGCGAGCAGAAUAAAAAGAAAUAUUUCCUCCAUACAUCCGCACCGUUAGACUAUGAGGCCAUGCAGGAAUACAAUGUGGUCAUUGUGGCUGUGGACUCAGGAAGCCCCAGUCUGGCCAGUAAUAACUCUCUGAUGGUAAAAGUGGGUGACACAAAUGAUAACUCUCCCAUCUUUAACCUCAAUGUAGUGGAGGUGUCAUUCCCAGAAAACAACGCCCCAGGUGAGAGGGUGACAACGGUGGCAGCAAUUGAUGCAGACAGCGGGAAGAAUGCUGAACUAUACUAUUCCCUCGACUCAUCUGUAAAUGGGAUUUUCUCUAUUGAUGCAGACAGCGGCGAUAUCCGAGUAAACAUCAUUUUGGAUCGAGAGCAAACAGAGCAAUACGAAUUUAAAGUGAUAGCCAAAGAUAAGGGUAUAAACACCUUACAGGGCUCUGCGACUGUAGUCAUCCUAGUGGCAGACAAAAAUGACAACGAGCCAAAGUUCAUGCAAGAUGUGUUUACCUUCUAUGUCAAAGAGAAUCUGGAGCCAAACAGCCCAGUAGGCAUGGUUACAGUCAUCGAUGUAGAUAAAGGCCCAAAUGCACAAAUGAGUCUUUUUAUUGAGGAGGAGGAAGACAUCUUUUCAAUUGAAAAUGACACUGGGACUAUUUUCUCAACACUGUCCUUUGACAGAGAGCAGAAAACCACGUACACUUUCCGUGUGAAAGCAGUGGACGGGGGCGACCCGCCUAGGUCAGCUACUGCCACCGUGUCACUGUUUGUUAUGGAUGAUAAUGACAAUGCACCAACUGUCACCUUCCCAAUAAACAGUUCCUACACCCUUCUACCGCCCUCCAGCAACAUCAGAACCGUAGUGAGGACUGUUAUAGCCACCGACACAGACACUGGCAUCAAUGCUGACCUCAAGUACAGCAUAAUUGGCGGGAACCCCUUUAAACUGUUUGAGAUCGAUGGGGGUACUGGCGUCAUUUCACUGGUGGGUAAGCUGGAGCAGAAGCACUAUGGACUACACCGGCUAGUGGUUCAGGUGAAUGAUAGCGGACAGCCUUCCCAGGCCACGACGACACUUGUUCAUGUCUAUGUUAAUGAGACUCUUUCCAAUUCCACGGUGGUGGAGGCGCAGGUGGCAAAGAGCCUGAGCACGUCUCUCAAUACAAACAUCGCCGGAGACCCCAAUUACGACCUCAGCAAGCAGCGUCUGAGCAUUGUCAUUGGAGUCGUCUCCGGAAUCAUGACGGUCAUCCUCAUUAUCCUGGUGGUGGUCAUGGCCCGAUACUGUCGGCCCAAGAAUAAGAAUGGUUAUGAGGCCGGAAAGAAGGACCACGAAGAUUUCUUCACGCCACAGCAGCACGACAAGUCCAAGAAGCCCAAGAAGGACAAGAAGAAGCAGAAGUCCAAGCAGCCGCUCUACAGCAGCAUCGUCACGGUGGAGGCCUCCAAGCCCAACAGCCAGCGCUACGACGGCGUCAACGAGAAGUUGUCGGACAGUCCUGGCAUGGGCCGCUACCGCUCGGUGAACGGAGGGCCUGGCAGCCCGGAUCUGGCCCGACACUACAAGUCCAGCUCACCGCUCCCCACCGUGCAGCUUCACCCGCAGUCCCCUACGGCUGGCAAAAAGCACCAGGCGGUUCAGGACCUUCCUCCGGCCAAUACAUUUGUUGGCACCGGAGAUAACAUUUCUCUGGGUUCUGACCACUGCUCCGACUACAGCAGUCAAACCAUCAACAAGUACAACAAACAGCCGUUUCGCCGAGUGACCUUCUCGGUGGUGAGCCAGCCCCAGGACCCUCAACAGCAGGGAUCGCUGCAGAGCUGCUACGACAGCGGCCUGGACGAGUCCGAGACGCCCAGCAGCAAGAGUUCGUCGGGGCCCCGGCUAGGCGCCCUGCCCCUGCCCGAGGACAGCUACGAGAGGACAACGCCGGAUGGCAGUGUCGGUGAGGCAGAGCACAUGGAAAAUGACUCACGCCCAUUGCCUGACGUAGCCAUGACUGGAAAGUGCACCCGGGAAUGCGACGAGUACGGCCACUCAGACUCCUGCUGGAUGCCUGUACGGACGUCGCCAGAACGGCGGCCAUCCAAGUCCACCACCACCCCUCAACAACCAAAGCUUUCCACAUUCAUGAGCGGCAACGGCAGCGGCAGCAGCAGCAGCAGCAGCAGCGCCGAGCAGCCCGGCAGCCAAGAGACCCUCCCCAUGGCCGCCAUGGCCGCCAUGGCCAACGGAGACCCCACCGCCGCCCACAUGAUGGGCGAUCGCAACCGCAACCUGCUCAAUAAGAAGAUGGCUUCUUCCUCCUCAUCCUACGAGCCGUUCGGCUCACCUUCGUAUGGCUCGCCUGGAGGCGGGGAAGAGACGCUGGGCCAUCCAACUGAAGAAAUCCCGAUGGCGGCCACUGGAGAGUACAAGCCCACGUCCUGUGGUACUCUGACACGACGGGAGGUCUACCUGUGAGGAAGGGAGGGUCCGACCUGCCUUCAGUGCCACAUGUUAUAAACAACACUUAUGACCCAACUUAUAACAGCUCAAGCAGUUUUAGCCAGCUUUGCACUGCAGGUAGGACUAAAAUUACUCCAAAGACUUUUAGAAAAUAAAAGUAAAAAGUAGAGACAGUGCUCUUUUUUUGAAGCUCCAAUCCUCCGAAAGUGAGGCAUGAUACUGGGAUGUCAAACAUGGCGGGCCGGGCUGUCUGCUGCCUGAUAGUCAACUUGUACAAUAACCACUUUACAAAAACCACCACAUGCAUGCAUCGACAACCCCCGCCCAAUUAAUGAUGACAAUGUAACAAAAAGACAUUUUAUAAAAACAAUGUGUGUGUGUGUAGAUGUGACUGUUCUAUUAUUUUUUUGGAACACUGCAACAAUAUAUCGGAUAAUGGUCCCCGUCAUUAGGAAUAUCCAUGGACUCGGCCACUUGCGGUGAUCAAGACCAAAAGAAAGGAAAUGUUGGCAAAGACUGAGCUUUAAAAGAUUCAUGCCCCAUUUCUUCUUCUACCGAGCUCUUGAAGUGAAGAAAUCAAUGACAGAUGCAACAACACACCGUAUGGACCAUGACAUGUUAGGGAUGAAAAAUUGUACAUAAACAUUGGACUGCGCUAUUAUUUCUGUUCUCUCCUCGCUAUGUUUCUUGGUUAUGAUUGGUGAGGCGGAGAACCCCUUACGAGAUGGAACAUCUGGGCUGCAGAAUGCCCAACUUAUGAUCACUUGUGAUGGAACUGUUAACCACUGCAAUACAGAGAUUCAUUCAUCUGGCUAUUGGCGCAGAUAUGAUCAGAGUACGGCAUGCUGAGAAUAAAAAUUAUGAAGGUGCAAUUUAAAUUGUGUAGUAUGUACGAGCCAGAUAAGCAGACAACACGUGUGUAUAGGCUAUACUGUAGGUAAUGCAUAGAGGUGUGUGACAAAAGUAGGUUUAUAAUAGUCCAGCGAGUGUCUGUUGAUAAUCGGGUUUUACACGUACAGUCGUCCCUCGCCACAUUACGCAUCAAUUAUUGCCGCUUCACGACAAUGCAGAUUUUUGUUUUUGCAUAUAUUUUUUACCUAAAUUAAGAGUUAAAUAAAGUCGUAUUUAUGUCUUUUAUGUACAAACCCUGUUUCCAUAUGAGUUGGGAAAUGGUGUUAGAUGUAAAUAUAAACAGAAUACAAUGAUUUGCAAAUCAUUUUCAACCCAUAUUCAUUUGAAUAUGCUAGAAAGACAACAAAUUUGAUGUUCAAACUGAUAAACAUUUUUUUUGCAAAUAAUCAUUAACUUUAGAAUUUCAUGCCAGCAACACCUGACAAUAAAGUGGGAAUAAAUACUGAUAAAGUUGAGGAAUGCUCAUCAAACACUUAUUUGGAACAUCCCACAGGUGUGCAGGCUAAAUGGGAACAGGUGGGUGCCAUGAUUGGGUAUAAAAACAGCUUCCCAAAAAAUGCUCAGUCUUUCACAAGAAAGGAUGGGGCAAGGUACACCCCUUUGUCCACAACCUCUAUGAGCAAAUAGUCAAACAGUUUAAGAACAACGUUUCUCAAAGUGCAAUUGCAAGAAAUUUAGGGAUUUCAACAUCUACGGUCCAUAAUAUCAUCAAAAGGUUCAGAGAAUCAGAGGAAACCACUCCACAUAAGCAGCAUGGCCGGAAACCAACAUUGAAUGAUCAUGACCUUCGAUCCCUCAGACGGCAUUGUAUCAAAAACCGACAUCAAUCUCUAAAGGAUAUCACCACAUGGGCUCAGGAACACUUCAGAAAACCAUUGUCACUAAAUACAGUUCGUCGCUACGUCUGUAAGUGCAAGUUAAAGCUCUACUAUGCAAAGCGAAAGCCAUUUAUCAACAACAUCCAUUAACGCCGCCGGCUUCUCUGGGCCCGAGAUCAUCUAAGAUGGACUGAUGCAAAAUGGAAAAGUGUUUGGUAGUCUGACGAUUCCACAUUUAAAUUUUUUUUAGGAAAUAUUCAACAUCGUGUCAUCCAGACCAAAGGUGAAGUGAACCAUCCAGAGUGUUAUCAACGCAAAGUUCAAAAGCCAGCAUCUGUGAUUGUAUGGGGAUGCAUUAGUGCCCAAGGCAUGGGUAACUUACUCAUCUGUGGAGGCAGCAUUAAUGCUGAAAGGUACAUACAGGUUUUGGAACAACAUAUGCUGCCAUCUAAGCGCCAUAUUUUUCAUGGACGCCCCUGCUUAUUUCCGCAAGACAAUGCCAAGCCAUAUUCAGCAUGUGUUACAAUAGCGUGGCUUCAUUUAAAAAAAGAGUGCGGGUACUUUCCUGGUCCACCUGCAGUCCAGACCUGUCUCCCAACAUGUGGCGCAUCAUGAAGUGUAAAAUACAACAGUGGAGACCCCCGACUGUUAAAAGACUGAAGCUCUACAUAAAACAAGAAUGGGAAAGAAUUCCACUUUCAUAGCUUCAACAAUUAAUUUCCUCAGUUCCCAAAUGUUUAAUGAGUGUUUUUAAAAGAAAAGGUGUUGUAACACAGUGGUGAACAUGCCCUUUCCCAACUACUUUGGCACGUGUUGCAACCAUGAAAUUCUAAGUUAAUUAUUAUUUGCAAAAAAAAAAUAAAGUUUAUAAGUUCGAACAUCAAUUAUCUUGUCUCUGUAGCAUAUGCAACUGAAUAUUGGUUGAAAAUGAUUUGCAAAUCAUUUUAUUCCGUUUAUAUUUACAUCUAACACAAUUUCCCAACUCAUGGAAACGGUGUUUGUUUUUCAGUGCAUUCUCGAGUGUGUUAUUUCCUAUAAUUUAGUUGUAGCAGUCCAAAAAACGACUUACGUUUCCAGUUUACAAGGCGACUUAUCUUGGCGCUACCGUAUUUUAACCGCGACAAUCAAGUUGACCAAAUUUUGGCAGCACGACUUUAGAUUGCACUUCGUAUUUCUAAUUCAACCCCAUUGGUGUUAGUGCUACUAAACGAUGCAGGACUUUCAGCACAUUAAGGCCCAGUUUUUACUUGGAGCGAUUACCCAUAGCAAUGAGGCUUGGAGGAAUCCACUCAAGACUACUAUAUCAGGCAAAAAGUUUAAAAAUUGGCUAUAUUUUUUCAUGUUUUCAUGUUUAGAGGGCUCUGAUUCUGUUAAAAAACAUAUUUGGAAGUUUUUUUUAUUGCUUGAAAAUAUUUGAUGUGUUGCCCUGCGAUGAGGUGGCGACUUGUCCAGGGUGUACACCGCCUACGGCCGGAAUGCAGCUGAGAUAGGCUCCAGCACCCCCCCGCAACCCCGAAAGGGACAAGCGGUAGAAGAUGGAUGGAUGGGUGUUAUUAUUAAUACAUCCAUCCAUCCAUUUCUACCGCUUAUUCCCUUUUGGGGAGGCAGGGGACGCUGGCGCCUAUUUAGCUACAAUUGGGAGCAAGGCAGUGUACACCCUGGACAAGUCGCCACCUCAUCGCAGGGCCAACACAGAUAGACAGACAACAUUCACACUCACAUUCACACACUAGGGCCAAUUUAGUGUUGCCAAUCAACCUAUCCCCAGGUACAUGUCUUUGGAAGCGGAAGGAAGCUGGAGUACCCGGAGGGAACCCACGCAUUCACGGGGAGAACAUGCAAACUCCACACAGAAAUAUCCCGAGCCUGGGAUUGAACCCAGGACAGCAGGAUCUUGGUAUUGUGAGGCAGACUCACUAACCCCUCUACCACCGUGAUUAAUACGACUUUUCGGAAAUGUGGCGACCAUUGUCAGGCCUGGAACCAAUUGGCCACGAUAAAACGAGAGACGACUGUAUUACACUUUUUUGUGAGAUGGACGGAGCAAUAAAUAUAUUGUACACAUGUUCAUCAACCAUCAGCUUCGUUGUAAAGUGCUAAUAUAAUGGAAAAACAAGUUGCCUCUAUUUUGAAGCUAUUAUCUGAUUUAUGACAUCCAAAGACUUACAAAGUUUGCCAGUAAAUAGAUAUGAACAAAAUAUUAUCAAUUGCACAGAAAUUUCCCAGCCAAUUUGAGAAGAUAAUGAGCCAACCAGUCAGUCAGAUCCCUUCCCCAUCAACAUCAAUGCAAAUCAGGCAGACUUUGAGAGAGCCAACAACGGUUACUUUUUGAAAACAUUACGAUCCAGAACCUUACAUUUUUUUAGCCCAAACGGAAAGAGGAUAAGCAAUACGUUUCAGAAUUGAAGUGCUAAACUAAUUAGCAAUUUCUAGGUGCUAAACAUUCAAACCAACCAUAAUAGAAGGUAUUGUACAAGUUUCACUCUUGUUGGGAAUGCUGACCGACAGGAUGCUUACAUGAUCCUGUUUAGAUGAAGAAUAAAUCACAAUCCUCGCAAAGGGUUAAAGGGUUGCCGCAACCGUUUCGCCAUCUCUUGGGACAUCAAAGUGGACACGCCUGCCGGUCAAUGGCCAUAUUUGUCUACUACCAGGUGAGAGAUGCAUGAAUUAUAAUCAAGAAUUCACUUUUACCAUAUUGAUAGGAAGCAAAAGCAGCAGCCGGCUGAGUGUGUCAAACAUAGCAGCGUAAGCUAGCAUUAGCUCACCGCUAUCAAGGCGCCGCUAAAAUAAGACGUCUGCAUUAGCGCUUAUAAUAACAAUACAGCUCAUAUUUGGAUAAUUUCCAGGUCAAGACAUGUAAAUGGAGUCCCAUUGGCGGUUUCUGGAUGUUAUUUAGCGAGUUGCAUGGGCACAAUAGAGGAUCCUCGUUAUGUUGACUCAAUCAUUGGCUAUUUAUAUUAUAAUGCAUAAAAAGCCAAGUAUAUGUGUUCGUGUUUACAUAAAGAUUGUGAACGAUAAACAGUAAAUCUCUUUCCAAUUCUUGCGUAUUUUUGGUAUGACUGAUCUGAUGACUGUUCAGAUUGCAGAAGUGUUACUUCUUUGACGUCAAUUCAUCAAUUUACCAUGAAUUGAUUAACGUGGACAAGUUGAAAAACUUAUUCGGUGUUACCAUUUAGUGGUCAAUUGUACGGAAUAUGUACUGUACUGUGUGAUCUACUAAUAAAAGUUUCAAUCAAUUAAUCAAUCAAUCAAUCUAACCCCGAAUCUACGAAGAUUUCCAAAUAUGUUCAAAAUUGGCAUUUUGGGAUGUUUGGACCAUAUUUUUACAUAUUUUGCGGAAUGUAAACACAGUUGAAUAUGGUUUAAUGGAUGCAAUGAAACACAAUUAAGCAUAUUAUAAGUCCACUUGUUUUUCCAUUGUAUUGGUAUUUUGAUUUUUUUUUUUUCUCAAGCCUCAAGAUCCCGAUGAAGUACUUUGGGCCUGAUUUUACUAAGAUCUCAAAUUAUAAGAAUGCAAACUAAAAAAAAUGCACGUACUAUUGCACGGCGUGUUGCAGGUGAUAUACUAAGACUACAUAUGUAAUUGAUAAGACCUGUAGAAGUGGCGUAAACCACCCUAUUAAACCUCUUAAGGACCAAGUUGUUUGUUUACAUGCUUUUUUUAUUUUUAUUUCUUUUUACUAUUCGGGCUUAUUGGACCCUAAUUAGAAUAAAAACUAAAAAUCAUCUUUUAAUAUGAUGUACUUAGUCCAUACAUACACAAACAUGUACUUCAUGUGGAGUGACAUGCACAUUUUUCUUUUUACACUUUUUUUUUCCAAAUUCCAUUGUAUGUUAUAUUCUUCUGACACCACCAGAUAGCAGUAUAAGUGUCCAUAUGUCGGCAUAAGACCCCAAUUCAGUAGUGUACACAAUUUUGGAAAUACAAGCUAAAAGGUGCUGUCCAUGCAGGCCUUUAGAGGUUAAAUAAGGUUUGUUGUGUACUACUAGCUGUCACCAUGGAGACAUUCAUUUCCCCUCUGCAUCCAUGUCACCGUGCUUCAUCCAACCUGUGGUGUUUUGCUGUGUUGUGGAACAUGCGGCACACAAAUAUGAUAUGUACCGCCUAUUUUAGGCUAAACUCUUAGAGAACAGAACCAAUUUUUUUGCAUGCUAGUACUCUCUGGGAGAUACGUUGUUGUGCCAAAAACACUAACACUUUUUUUCCCCAAGAGAGAGAUAUAUUUAUAUAUCGCCUCUAUGAAAAAAAAGGCAUUAAAAAAUAUGCCUGCAGACACCAAAAAUGCAUUAAUCGAGUCAUCCAGACGCUAUAAUAUGACGUUGGUGGAUAGACAAUAUGUCCACUAUUUUUAUUUCUGACGGUUCAAAUAUGUUGACACGCACAGAUUGUCUCUCCAUCUUCAGCUGACAUUUAUGUGUACGUGCCAUUUUGCACGUCCCUUUCAAACGUGCUAAAUAUAGUUGAUGCAAACAGUUUCAGGCUCGAUAAAACACACAUUUGUAUUUCAUUCACCAAGUAUUGUGGGCGUUCUGAUAAUCAACAUAUUUUUUGCAUAUACGUCAAAGCAAACACGCUAAAUAGGUUGUGCUCGCUAUAUUGCUCAUUCAAGAAAUGCAAUCCUUGGCACACAGACUUCGUAGAUCAGCUUUGCGUGCGCUAUCAAGUUUGCACGAUUUUUUUUUUUUUUGAUUCGUGCAAACCUUUACUACAGGGGUGUCAACCGUACGGUCCGAGGCCCACGGACAGGUUUUAUCCUUGUACCUGAACUUUUUCAAUGAAAGACACAGCUGUUCUAAAUGUGUCUACUGGAUGUCGCAAUAGCAAUUCUUUGUAUCUUUGUAGAGGAUGCUACAUAUGAUGUUGGUACAUCAGUUGAGGAAAAUGAUCGAACUACGUAAAUACCAUCCUGUAAUUUUUAUUUAUUUUUUCUUGAUGGAUUGAAAAUGAACACCAAUGAGUUGACUGAUGAACAUAAUCACAUAAUUUAUUCAGAAAAUAUGAAUAACGACGAAUAAAGGUAGAAUACUAUUAAACGCAACAUGUAACUGUAAAAAUCGAAAAACAACAACAGUAUGAUUUGCACAAUUUCGGAAUGUGCUUGUUCUAUUUUCAAGCAAAGAAAACAAUCUGAAGUUGUCUCUAUUUUUAAGUUAUCGUGCUGUGAUUUCACCAGUCCAACCCACUUGGAAGUACAUUUUUCUCCACGUGGCCACCGAUCUAAAAUGAGUUUGACGCCCCUACUUUAGUACUUCAAGCCCUUGAUGUUACUUUCUGCCGUCCAUGGCAUCCGAGCACGGGUGUAAAAAUCAGUUCAACUAACGACCAAAAAUAAAAAAUCCAAUUUAACUUUUUGGGAAAAAAACAUUCCAUAUGAUGCUUUUGGAACAGCUGUAUUUGUAGAAGGGGGUCAUUACAUACAGUAAUAGGAUCUUAGAAAAUGCCCACCUCUUUGUCAGCCACUGUAGUAAAAGAAAUAAUAUAUAUUUUUUGUAUGUUAGUUAGUGAAGCCCCUGUUGAUUGAAUGGAGUUGCAAUUCUCUCUCUAUAGUCUGUAAGUACUACUUGUUGGAAAGGCAGUCCUCCUAUACGUAACAACUGUAUACAUAAAUAUUUACUUUUUACUGCACGCUUUAUGGAACUUACUUCACUUAAUGCGAAGGAAGAGUAAAAAAUUUUUUUAUAAAAAAACAUGUACAAAAAAUAUCCCUGUAACAUUGGAAUCCACGUUGUUGCUUGCUUACUAAUGAGACAUGAGCCAUGUAGGACAGCUUUGGUUCUUUUUGGGGGAGUUUCAUAUUAUCUUCAUACCAUACAUAUGUCGGGGGUUUUUUUAACAUUAAUGCCAUACAUUUUAUUUAAAUUUGCAUCACUUUGUUAUACGACAGCCUAAAUUGUAGAGAAUGGUCGUGAAAUUGUACUUAGUAAUUUAACUUUAUUUGGUGCCACUUGUAACUUCUUCAGUGCUCUGAAAAAAAAAAAAAAAGAACACAGUAAAAAAAAUGUUGUGAAUGCAAAAUUGCAAUU